GUGCCAUUUGCUGUAAAGUAAUGCAAUUUUUGAAUGAAUUUCCGAUGCUGGAAUUUCUGGUCAAAUUUGUGAAAAUUAUAUUGGCUUGAAAUCUUUGAAGAAAUGUUUAUGGUAAUAUGGAGUGAGGAUUUCAUAGCGGUAUCCACGACAAGCUCGCAAAUUAAAUAAAAUAGUAAAUGGAUAUUAAGUAGAAUCUCUAAAUAAAUUCUUCAUGAAGUUCUUUGAAAUAUUGUUACAGGGAUAUCAGUGAAAAUCCCCUGGCCAAGUUCGCAGGGGUUGACGGUAUUAAAGUGAAGGAGUUUCAUUCUGAUUAUUGUAAUGUAGUGUUCUUUAGUGAAACAUAUCACCUUUUUAACACUUUAAUGCGCCUCCAACGGUUCAUCACGAACCGGCUGCUGCAGAUGGAGUAUGGCUGAUCAUAUGCAUCAGACAUGCUCGAUAAACAGGAGGAACCGCCGGGGCUCAGUAGAGUCUAUUCCCAAGCAAUAGUUCCAAGUCGGUUGGAUUUGAGAAGGUUUUGAUGAUCGUUACAAAUCCUAAUAAAAGUAUUAUAGGAUUUGUGACAGGUUUUGGAACCUUUUACAGCCAUCUGACUUCAAAAUGUUGUUUGGGCUCUAUUUCCCACGUUUCUCGGUUGUUUUUUUUUAUUACAUAGUAAUUUAUUAAUGUCAUAGUCGCUUUUUCGAAUUUUUACAAUGUUAGUUGGUCAUAUUUUCUUUAAAUAAAGCAAUAAAAAUCGACCGAAGAAUCAAUAGUGGGAAGGAGAUUUGCAGCACUUAAUUGUGCUGAUAGAUUCAAAGCUAACGUGCGAACACUUAAAUGCAUUGUUGACGUCAAUGCGUUCGACGUGACAUUUUGGACAAAAACUGACUGCUUUAUAUUAAUUGAACAACGUUACUUGUGUAUGACUAGGUUGACAUUUCUAGGCUACGCUUGAGAAAAUGACAUGGUUCAUCUAGGUAGGACCGAUAGGACAAUUGAACGAAUUUGAAUAUUUUUAAUAGUAUUUGUAGCGGGAUGAAAGUUGGCAUGAAAUCUUUAUUAUUUUAAAAUUUUAUUACAAUCUGUGGAUUUUGGACCGAUGACAAUUUAAGGACACAAGAGAUGAACACAAGUAGAAAACGAUUAGCAAAAUCAAGAAAACAAUUUGACACAGGAUCGACUAUAUUUUAACAUACAGGGUUCGAUUGAUUCGAUGAAAAAAAAACAAACAUGCGACAACUGACUUAACGAGCAUGUUGCGAACAAAAGUAGCCAAGCAUACAUUUUUACUCGGGCACCGCAGGCGCCCGACGUCGAGCCAACCGUCGUUGCCACGUGAGCGGGCUGCCGUCGUUGCCGUAGCAACGACCCAGCCGCAAUCGCAGCAAGCGUGGGCUGAAUUUGAAUUUUUAGAUUAGAAGUGAAAAAACUGUGACGCGACCUAGAAGUGAAAUUUUCCCAACGCGUAGGAAACUAAAUUGAAUUGUAAAACUCUUUGUUAAACUAGUUAAUAAUAGUAAUAAAUUAAAUAACAGUUAACAUAAAGCGUGUUAUUAGUGAAUUGCGUGAAAUACCAGUUUGAGAAGUAGGUUGAAGUGAACCCGGGUGAAGGUGAUUAGCUGUGGACAAAAUCAUCCUACCUGCGUCUGCCCCCUGAUUAGUGCACGUGUAUCGGGAGCCUGUUGGAGCCGAAUCUGGUGCUCCUCCCCCGCAACCACGUAACUACCCUGAAACAGAGCAGGUAAACCACUGUCCCGUGAUUCGCUACCAGGAAGUAGCUUACAUUUGGCCCUUCUCCCUCCAGGUAAACCACUGUCCCGUGAUUCGCUACCAGGAAGUAGCUUACAUUUGGCCCUUCUCCCUCCAGGUAAACCACUGUCCCGUGAUUCGCUACCAGGAAGUAGCUUACAUUUGGCCCUUCUCCCUCCAGGUAAACCACUGUCCCGUGAUUCGCUACCAGGAAGUAGCUUACAUUUGGCCCUUCUCCCUCCAGGUAAACCACUGUCCCGUGAUUCGCUACCAGGAAGUAGCUUACAUUUGGUCCUUCGACUGCCCAUGACCGGUUUAUAUGGAACAGCAGGUACGACGGUCUGCUAGAAUAAAUAAAGGUUUAGUUCCUAAGACUUUAGAUAAGUACGUAGUUUAUAUUCCGAAGCAAAGUAACAUGCUUCGUACUCCACCCAACGUCUCGAAUGUGAAUCCCCACGUGGGGGAAAACGUUGCUGCUCAACCGGACGCGAUUCCAGAGAACAAAUCUGUCGCCUCUGGUGCAUCGAGAGAACCUGCGAAGUCAACGAGAACCCGAACAUCGCGAAGCAGCAGGACUGACAGUCAAAUCAAGCUCUUGGACCUGGAAGAGCAGAAUGAGGAGGCUGAACUGCGAGCUUCCAUCGAGCGGGACAGGAUCGUGGCUGAGAAGCAGCUUGCUGAACUGCAGAUUCAACACGACCUGGCACUGAAGACCGAGCAGCGGAAAGCGGAGUUCCUGAAGCGGCAGCGAGAACGCGAUUUGAGGAAGAUCGAGCUGCAGUCUGACUCAAGUCACCGAUCGGGUACAUCGAGCAGAUCGAGUACCUACACCGACGUCUCGAAGCGCGUUGCAGAUUGGCUUACCGAAUCCGAUAUGGUCAGACCAACCAACGUGCAUGAAUCGUCCCACUGGAUAGAUCGUCCGUUCCUACAACAUCGCGAUGCAGGGAAUGCGUCGCCCCCCGACGUCUGGAAUGCACCGCCUCCCGGCACAUGGAAUACGUCGGCCCCCGGCGUGCAGAAAGCCUGGAACCCGGCCACAUGGAAUGUGCCAGCCCCCGGUGCGCGAAAUGCGUCGGCUCCCGGCGUGCAGAGAGCUGUAAACCAGGGUGCAUGGCAUGCACCAGCCCCCGGCCUGCGGAACGCGCCAGCAUCCGACGUGCGGAAUGCGUCGGUACAAGAACCCGCUGUAAAUGAGGUUCUGUCGCAAGCAUUCAGAGCACUACAAGGUAGGAACAUGCGAGACUUGCCCCCCUUUUCCGGCGACAUCAUGGAGUGGACCGUUUUUGAAAACGACUUCAGAACAUCCACCGAAGAGUUUCAGCUGUCGGACCGUGACAAUCUUCGACGACUGAACAAAGCGCUUCACGGAAAAGCAAGAAAAACUGUAGAGUCGCUGCUCUCAUCGCCUGACAACGUGGAGCAGAUUAUGCGAAUGUUGAAGUCGAACUUCGGCCGCACUGAAUGGGUGGUGGCGAACCGACUGGAGGCGCUGAGAAACCUGGAGACCGUAAAAGAGGGAAACAUCGAGUCCUUCCGUGCCUUUUACAAUGCGGUAAUUGGUACCAAGGUGGCGAUGACCAACGCGAGGGCGGACAACUACCUGAUGAAUCCCGAACUCAUAUCGCACCUGGCUGAAAAACUGCCUGCUUUCAGCAAACAGAUGUGGGUUCGGCAUAAGGCCGCUCUGAUGAAGGAAGGAGUCGCCAUCGAGUUCGACACUUUCUCUCGUUGGUUGGAGGAUGAGAUGGACAACCAGCUCGCGAGUCUCAACCCUGUAUUCAGCGUUAAGAAGCCCAGCUACCAGCCGAAGCCGAAGCCGACAGUCCUGAACGUCAACAGUCGCGACGAAGUGGUAGCGAAGAAGUGUCCUUUGUGCUCCGCAAGCUCUCACUCUGGCCUGGAGAAGUGCGAGCAGUUCCGGAAGCUGUCGGUUAUCCAACGUCGAUCUGCUGCUAACUCCUGCAAGGUCUGCUAUAUCUGCCUGAAGUUCGACCAUGCGAGGAAGAACUGCAAGUCCGAGAAGAAGUGUUCCAUCUGCAAGAAGAACCACCAUGAACUGGUCCACACCGACGAACCUGCAAGGAACUCGAGGAUCAGUCGUACGGACGCGGCGAGUAGUGACGAUAAUGUCUGCAACUUCAACGGCAAGAACACGAACACACUGCUCCGAGUUGGAAAGGUUAAGAUUCGUGGUCCACAAGGCGUCGCUGAAGUAUUUGCGCUCUUCGACGAAGGUUCGUCUCUCUCGAUGAUGGAUGCGGCUGUGGCAGAGAGCCUCGGAUUGCGAGGACCGAUUGCUCCUGUGACCUACCGCUGGACAAAUGGGAUCCUGCACAAAGAGGAACAGUCGAUGAUGCUCUCGUUCCGAAUUUCUGGACCUUCCGAUCAAGCGAAGUGGUACGACGUGAACAAUAUCCAGACGGUGACAAACAUGGCCCUGCCGGCGGUGAAGUUCGACAUGGCGAGAGUAAAGCAGCUGUACCCCAUGCUCGAUGAAGAGAAGCUAGCUGCGAUCCAAGAUGCCUGUCCCUGUAUGCUGAUUGGAUCGAACAACGCAGGUCUGAUUGUGCCUCUGAAGACGGUGCAAUAUUCAUUGGAUGGCUUGCAGCUGACUCGGUGCCACCUUGGAUGGACAAUCCAUGGAGUAGUGGACCCAGCCGGCGCCGGAUCGAGCAACCAUCAUGCGUUCCUGUGCUCCGAAGACGACGACAUCGAGCUUACAGAUCUGGUGAAACAGAUGUACAAGGUUGAUGAUUUCGGGAUCUCUGGCCAUUCGGUGAAAAUAGCCGACGAAGAUCAACGAGCACUGGACAUCAUGCACCGUACCAUUACACGGCGUGGUGAUCGUUUCGAGGUUGGCCAGAUAUACAGGUACAACAACUUCGUCUUCCCGGAUAGCAAGCCUCAAGCCCUACGACGUCUCCAGAUCAUGGAAAAGAAGAUGGACUCGAAUCCUGAUUUCGCUGAUCGGUACUGCAGGAAGAUCCAGGACUACGUCGACAAAGGAUACGCUAGGGAAUUGGAACCUGAUGAGCUAACUGAAACUCCGAACACCUGGUACCUGCCGCAUUUCAGCGUGGCGACUGAUGAGAAGUUCCGCUUGGUGAUGGACGCCAAGGCAAAGUCGCACGGUUUUUCCCUGAACGAUCUGCUACUGAAGGGUCCGGAUUUCGUCCCUCCGCUGAUCGCGGUGCUGAUACGGGCCCGAAUGAAGAAGAUUGCCUUCGUUGCGGACAUAAGGGAAAUGUUCCAUCAAGUCCUCAUCCGCAGAGAAGAUCAGGACUCCCAGCGAUUUCUUUGGCGUGGCAUGAAUCGCACGGACCCUCCUAAGGAGUACGUUAUGCAGGUGAUGGUAUUCGGUGCAGUGUCGUCCCCGUCGAUGGCACAGUUCAUCAAGAACUUCAAUGCGAAGGAGCUGGAAGAAAAGCACCCCGGCGUCGAGCGAGCUGUCGUGAAGCAGCACUAUGUCGACGACUACUUCGACUGCGCGGACACUGAACAAGAAGCCAUCGAACUGGUUCAGCGUGUCAUUAAGGUGCACGAUCAAGGCGGAUUCAAGCUAGUGAAGUUCUCGUCAAACUCCCGUGCCGUGUUGGCAUCUCUCGAUCCGGAAAUCGUCGCGGACAAUGAGAGCGACGUUCGUGUCCUCGGAAUCGAGUGGGACCUACAGUCCGACGAAUUUGUCUUCCCGCUAGACUUCCCAAAACUGGAUCAGCGAUUCCGGACAGCUGAAGCCGUGCCCACGAAGCGGCAACUGCUGAAAUUCAUGAUGGGUAUCUUCGAUCCACUGUGCUUGCUCAGUCCGAUAACGAUUCAGCUGAAGAUCAUCUUUCAAGAGCUGUGGCGUCUGCAGUCGGGAUGGGACGAUGAGAUUCCUGAUGGUCUGGUGCCGAAAUGGAUGGAAUGGCUGAACGAAACUGCAAGACUGAGAGAAAUUCGAAUACCGCGGUACUACCAUCCGGCGGUGCCAUCCUUUAGUGAUGUUGAGCUACACGCUUUCUGCGACGCGAGUGACAAGGCUUAUGCCUGCGUGAUCUACAUGGUCCACCGCCGAAAAGAAAGAUCACAUGUUGCGCUGGUGUAUGCGAAGUCAAGAGUAGCACCCCUGAAGUCGCAGACUGUGCCGCGACUAGAGCUACAAGGAUGCGUCCUGGCAAGCCAGAUGAUAAGCGUUCUUCAAACGGAGAUCAUGAUCGACAUUACCCGGCUGUACUUCUGGACCGAUUCGAAGAUCUGUUUGUGUUGGUUGAAGUCGAAUCAGAAGCUGACGGCCUAUGUCGGCGCUCGCGUAAUGAAGAUUAAGGAGAAUGGUCACGGAGUGCAGUUCUGGCACUGGGUUCCGUCGCAGCUCAACGUGGCGGAUUUGGCAACGAAGUGCUCGAAGAUUGGCAGCAUGCAGGAAUGGCUGCGUGGCCCAGACUUCCUCUACCGGGAUAGCUCUACCUGGCCGGUCGACGAAUCGUUGGAAAUGUCCUCCGAAGAGUUCGCGAGCUUCCACUCCGAAAUAACCGUCAAAGAUGUGGCCGGACCGCUGUGCUGUGCGGCGUUCAAAGAAAACUUGAUCGAUCUACCCGACAUCGCCAGGUUCUCGGAUUUCAACCGGCUGAUCAGGUCAACUGCGUACUACCUGAAAAUGAGAAGACUGUUAGUUUUGCCGAAACGAGAAAAGCCUGAUCGGUUGACGAUCAAUGUUCGUGACAUGGAUGAAGCAAGAAAAGAGUGGUACAGGAAAGUACAAUCGGAGACCUUCGAAUCCGAGCUGCGUAGCUUGAAGAUGUCAGGCUACGUGAAAAGUAGCAGUCAUCUGAAAACAUACUCCCCGUUUCUCCACGAUGGAAUCAUUCGGAUGCGAGGUCGUGUCCAAGAUGACAGCAAGCCGUUCGAGGUGAACAACCCGGUGAUCCUUCCCGACGGCCAUCCGUUCUGUACGCUGCUGAUCCGGAUGUAUCACAUUGCCAACGCGCUUCAAGGCCUGGAAACCGUCAUCAACAACGUCAAGGAACGCCACCGGAUACUGAAGAUUCGUUCGCAGGUGAAGAAGUACACGAUGUCCUGUGUGAAGUGCCGAGAGCUGAGAGCGAAGCCAACCGUGCCGCAGAUGGGAAUCCUGCCGCCGGCUCGAACAACCCCGCACGUGUAUCCGUUCACCUGUACUGGCAUCGAUUACUUCGGGCCGCUUUCUGUAAAGGUCGGCCGGCGCAUGGAGAAAAGGUGGGUUGUGCUGUUCACCUGCAUGACGUCGAGAGCAGUACACCUGGAAGUGGUGCCAUCGCUCGAUACGAACAGCUGCCUAAUGGCAAUACGCUGUUUCAUGUCUGUCCGUGGACUGCCGCAGUGCAUCAUGACCGACAACGGUACCAACUUCACCGGUGCCGACCAGGAACUGAGGACGCUCGUAAAGUCACUGGACCAGCCGCAGAUUGAGGAGUCGUUAAGCGUUAGAGGAGUACAGUGGAAGUUUAUACCCCCCGGUGCUCCACAUUUCGGGGGAUGCUGGGAGCGAUUAGUCCGCUCCGUCAAAACUGCACUUGGUGCAAUGCUGCGAGACCGACACCCUACGGACUUGGUGCUCCGGACGGCAUUGUGCGAGGCGAUGAACACUGUCAACAAUCGGCCGUUGACGCACGUUGCGGACGACCCCCUGGAUCCUGAACCGUUAACACCGAACAUGCUGCUACUCGGACGGAACAACGUGAUCCAGUUUGACCACGAUUUUGACGAACGGGACCUGGACUGUCGUGCCGCCUACAAGCAUUCCCAGAUCUAUGCGGAUCGUUUCUGGCGCAAGUGGGUGGCCGCAUAUCGCCCGGAGCUCAUCCGGAGUCGCAAAUGGCCGGACAACAGGAGGUAUCACGAGUACAAGGUUGGUGACAUUGUGAUGCUGGUGGACGAGACUCUACAUCGUGGUAACUGGCCAAAGGGCGUGGUAGAGAAAACCUACCGUGGCCCGGACGGAAAAAUAAGAACUGUUGAGAUACGAACUGCGAAGUCACGGUACAAGCGACCCGUCAGCAAGGUUGUGUUGCUGCAACCCAUCAGUUCGUCUUCUGGCCCGGAGAAUGUUGCGAACAAAAGUAGCCAAGCAUACAUUUUUACUCGGGCACCGCAGGCGCCCGACGUCGAGCCAACCGUCGUUGCCACGUGAGCGGGCUGCCGUCGUUGCCGUAGCAACGACCCAGCCGCAAUCGCAGCAAGCGUGGGCUGAAUUUGAAUUUUUAGAUUAGAAGUGAAAAAACUGUGACGCGACCUAGAAGUGAAAUUUUCCCAACGCGUAGGAAACUAAAUUGAAUUGUAAAACUCUUUGUUAAACUAGUUAAUAAUAGUAAUAAAUUAAAUAACAGUUAACAUAAAGCGUGUUAUUAGUGAAUUGCGUGAAAUACCAGUUUGAGAAGUAGGUUGAAGUGAACCCGGGUGAAGGUGAUUAGCUGUGGACAAAAUCAUCCUACCUGCGUCUGCCCCCUGAUUAGUGCACGUGUAUCGGGAGCCUGUUGGAGCCGAAUCUGGUGCUCCUCCCCCGCAACCACGUAACUACCCUGAAACAGAGCAGGUAAACCACUGUCCCGUGAUUCGCUACCAGGAAGUAGCUUACAUUUGGCCCUUCUCCCUCCAGGUAAACCACUGUCCCGUGAUUCGCUACCUGGAAGUAGCUUACAUUUGGCCCUUCUCCCUCCAGGUAAACCACUGUCCCGUGAUUCGCUACCAGGAAGUAGCUUACAUUUGGCCCUUCUCCCUCCAGGUAAACCACUGUCCCGUGAUUCGCUACCAGGAAGUAGCUUACAGAGCAGAAAAACAUAUUUAACCAUACCACAAAAUCUAACAAGGAGACAAACACAAACCGUGUGACCAUAACACUACAUAGGCAAAUCCUGACUGACUGACCAAUUGAAAACUUUCCAAUCUUCUACCGUAUCUUUCUGAGUCAGUUGCAACAGUGUCUUAAUGGAUAUCAUUUUCCGCGUACGGCUGGCAAACUGCUUGUGAAAGAUUACGUACUCUUUUCUAUCUUCGGGUCUAGUGUAGAGGUUUCAACUCUAUUCAGAGUGCAGCUAGAAACCUAGCAAAAAAAAAAGGGAUAUCAGUGAAAAUCCAAGAGCCCACAGAGCCCCAAGAGCCAGCUGUGAAGGCGGUAUCUAACAUGACCAUGCUGGGGGUGAAGCGUUCGAUUUCCGGUCGGUCUAGGCACUUUUCGUAAUGACAACUUCCUUUACUGCCACAUCGUGCACGAUAUACACAUGCAAAAUGAUCAUUGGCAGAACACUCUGGAGUACCUUAGUAGGAUGAUUAUUCGAUUCUAUAACAUUCCCCAGAAAACCAUUCCCCAGAAAUCCAUUCCCCAGAAUGUACCAUUCCCCAGAAAAGCUUAAUAUACUCUGCUAAAAAGUUUAAUUCGAUACACAAACAGUAAAAUGUUGAUCAUAAUGAUAUGUUAUACCUCGGACUGACAUGUGAUACGAGUAUGAUUCCUGUACAACGGUACGCAGUGUCAAGACAAUUCUAACAAGACUGACUUGAACUGAGAGAAUUUUCAGUAUGGCACUCAUUUCAAGCGCAAUUGUACAGUGAUUCUUGUAUCACAUGUGUGCCAUAAGUAUUAUAGGCAAGGAUUAUAACAUUAUAGUGUUAUUACGAGCAAAUAUCUAUUUCUUAUACGGUAUAUGUAACAAAUUAAGGUAAAAAUGUAUACAUACAUACAUAUCCAUAAAAAUAUUCUACAAUGGUUCAAACGUUUAAUUACCAUUGUACACAGUUGCAUGUUGAUCUUUAAACCUAUCUUGAAAGUUCAUAAACUGUUAUAAUUCCAGUUGCGUUGCUAUAAAAUGUUUUGUUUUUGACAGAUUUGUGAAAAUUGUGUAGCACUUGUUUUACGAUGAAUAACGUUUUAAAAGUGAUGUGCAAAAUUUACAGAGAAAACGCAUAUUCUUCUGAUGUUGUUCAGUGUACAAGAUACUAAAGACUCAACUGACCACGGUUGGAGGGAUCCAUCCCAAUGGCUGUUCCUAUAGGAAUUAUAAUUAUUCGCUUCAAAGGCUCUUCAUUCAUGCGGUAUGAGAAGGGCUUUCAUCAUUAUUCCAAUACUAUGGAAUGGAAUAGAAAAAGUGAACAUAUAAGCAGUUUUAAUGCCAACAAUUCUAAAUAUUUUUAAUGAAGAAGGGAAAAAGUAUCAUUGUUUUCCUUUUGGCAUUAAAAAACCCAACAAUGUUCCUUCUUUUUAAACAAUAUUCAUCUUAAAAUUAAGGCAAUUAGUAAAAUUUUUUAAAUUAUAACUGCUUACAUUUUCAACAUAGAUUCUCCCUUCUUUUCUACAUAGGCUGUUCUUUCGAACUGCACUUUGCAGAAAAUUAUGGGCAUUAUUACAACCACCGGUGUAAAAUUGCUGUUAAAUUUAAUAUUUAUUAUAUAUAAUUUAUUAUAUAUUUUUUUUCAAAUUUCUAAACACCUGUGCUUGUGGUGCCGAUUGUAACUAGCCUAAACAUUAUAACUCGAAAAGAAGGGAAAAUCUAUGUUGAAAAAGUAAGCAGUUGUGAUGCCGAUAAUUUCCUGAAAAGUGCAAUUCGAAAGAACAGCCUAUGCAGCAGAGAAGGAAAAGUCUAUGUUGAAAAUGAAAGCAGUUAUAAUUCCAAUAAUUGUACCAAAUUCUAAAUUCUAAAAAAAAGCUUGUUUAAAAAAAAGGAACAGUGUUGGGUUUUUGAAUGCCGCAAGGAAAACAAUGUCACCACAGACAAACAGACGUAACACUUCGAACAUUUUUCGAUUUAAAUUUUAGUCUCGGAAAUAGGUUCGCUUAAUUCUAAAAGGACUGAAUUUGGCCAAUCAUCAACUAGGUGGCAGUAGUGAGCAAACGUCAAACUCAAACAAAAACUAUGCGAGCGCCGCGAAUUGGCAGUUGAUCAACUCUCAAAUUUUCAAGUAAACCGUUAAAUCGAUGUACGAUGGCAAUUAUCAGAGUGUUACGUUUCCUUCUUCGUUAAAAAAAAUGUUUGAGUCGUUAUAAGAAUUGUUGGCAUUACAACUGCUUAUAUGUUUAUUAAAAAUGAUCCCUUCUUUUGCAUAGGCUGUUCUUUCCAGUUGCACUUUUCAAGAAAUUAUCGGCAUUGCAACUGCUUACUUUUUAACAUAGAUUCUCCCUUCUUUUUUGCAUAGGCAAUUCGAAAGAACAGCCUAUGCAGAAAAGAAGGAAAAAUGUAUGUUGAAAAAGUGAGCAGUUGCGAUGCCAAUAAUUAUACCAAUAGCCUAAAUUGUAAAGGCAAAUCAUGCUUAUUUCCGAAGUUUUUCUUGUCGAAUAAGAAUUUUUGGCAGGAUGUUUCUUCCGAUGAUUUUUUACGAAUAAAUAUUUGAUUUUUAGCUAUUAAUAUAAACCAUUCAGAAUUAAAGCAAUAGUUUUAUUUUUUUCUGGGGAAUGGUACAUUCUGGGGAAUGGAUUUCUGGGGAAUGGUACAUUCUGGGGAAUGGGUUUCUGGGAAAUGGUUUUCUGGGGAAUGGUACAGACUUUACGCGAUUUUGGUGUUUCUCUUGAGACUUUGGAGAUUUUGGUGUUCCUCUUGAGACUUCCCAUAAGAUCUUCCCGGGAUUUCUCCCAGAGUUGCUACAGUCGAGUCAUUUCUGGUAUGUCUAUGUUGGGUCCUUGGACACCCCUAAGAACAACCUCAGUCGCUGGGCUCACGGGUGACAUUCAAGCUGUCAUCUCCGUCGACGCCGUGACAGCACGCAACGAGAAACAUCAGUAACUUGGUGGUAUCUAAGUUACCGCGAACAUUGUAUUUUGCCCACCAUUCCAUCUCGGAUUCGCGCGACCGUAACAGUCUACUAGAGUGCUUCCAAGGAUUUCUUAGGGAGUUUUUCACGAACUUUCUGCAGGAGUUCCUCCCUGGGUUUCUUCCGUAGUUUUUCCUGUAUUUUUUCAAGUGCUCUAGAGUUUCUUUCAGGUUUUUUUUACAGGAAAGGUUCCUAAAGGUUCUCGCGGAAUUUGUCUCGGAGUCUGUCCUGGAGUUUCUCUCAGAAGAUUCCUUUCGGAAAUGGUCCUGGGAUGUCUCUCACAGUUUGUCUGUAUUUUCUUUGGACUACCCUAAGAUUGUUCUGCUGUAGCUAUUGCUGAUAUUUCACAUCUAAUUCUGAUUUUGUUUAGAGUUAGGCUCUUCCUCGUAGUUGUACCGGAUUUCCUGCAAUGAUCCUUCGGAGAUUAUUUUUUACAGAUUUUCUCAGGUUUCCGGACGAGAACUAUUUCCGGAAUCAUUACCGGAAAGUUUCCCGAGAUUGUGGUAGUUCUUUUUGUGCUUUUUUAAAUAGUUGCUUUGAGAGUUCUUGCAGGGAUUUUUCAAAAGGUUUCUCUCAAAAUGUCUCCUGAUCUAACGUACGAAAUGUGUUAUAAGAAAUUGUCGAAGAAAUGCACUAAUUCCAGGAAACCUUGCAAGAAACUCCGCAGUCUUUGAAAAACUCUCGACAGCAACAUCGAAAUAAAAACCUGAGAUAUCUUGGGAAGGCACGGUAAAGGCUGGGUAUGCUGCGCAAUUCAGAUCCCAUUGUGAUCCACUAGCCUCUGCCCAGCAACUCCUAUCCCUACCACCUCGUGGUACCGGCCGGAAACUACGAGCAACCUUAGGGGAAAUCGGGUAACCAACCCCGGUGGGAACUUUAGGCGUAGGCUGACAGGGAAGAGGGGGUUUGCUUCUGCAAACCUGAGCAACUGUUCUCCAGGAGGAGCGGCUCACAACAGCGUCUGAUCCCCAUGUUACGGGCGGCUGAUCUGUGCCCGAGUGCCAGGGAAGGACUCUAAGCUCAACUGUGCACUAUGGUCCUCCGGAAAGUAGGAAAAUCAGCAACAGAAUAAUACGAACCGAGACCAACGGCAACGA